CCAGCGAGCUAAAACGGAAGCUGGAUUAAAUGCCUCGAGACGGCGAGCUUUUCUUUAUUUGUAUUAAAAUAUUAAAUAUAGCCGUUUAUAAAUAAUCUCCCACCUCUUUACCCCAGCGGAGCGCUGAGCUGCUCUCAGAGGAGCCGCGGAGCUGUGAUUUAGAAGCGGAGGAGGGCGGUGAUGUCGGGCGCAGAUUAUGGUGGGACGGCUCCCGGUAGCCGUUCGAGGGGAAAGAAGAGAGUUGGAUCAGCGGUGACGGUGGAUCCUUCAAAAGGGGAGGGGAGCUCCGUGCCGUCAGGAAGACAGGCUCCGAAUGCUCGGGCUAAAAGGGGCACCAACCCUCCAGUGGCACAGGCCAGUACCAAAAGAAAAGCCCCAGAGCCAGAGGAGGAGGAGGAGGAGGACCAGAUGGAGAAGAAGUUCCGGAAGUGUGAGAAGGCUGGCUGUCCCGCCACAUACCCCGUGUGUUUCGCCAGUGCAUCAGAAAGGUGUGCAAAAAAUGGCUACACGUCCCGCUGGUACCAUUUAUCCUGUGGAGAGCACUUCUGUAAUGAGUGCUUCGACCACUAUUACAGAAGUCACAAGGACGGUUAUGAGAAGUUCACCUCAUGGAAGAGGUUGUGGACGGGAAAUGGAAAGAGUGAGCCCAGUCUGAAGGCCUUCAUGGCUGACCAGCAGCUCCCUUACUGGGUUCAGUGUACAAAGCCAGACUGUGGGAAAUGGAGGCAGCUAACUAAAGAUAUCCAGCUAACGGCUUCACUUGCUGCAUCGUACCGCUGUGGAAUGAAGCUCAACAAUGUUAAAACUGAAGGACCGGAUCAGUGUUCUCAGCCUGAAGACAUGAGAGUGGCUAGUAUAGGAGACAGCUGGUGGUACUCCAUGUUGAUUCUGCCGCCGCUGUUUAAGGAGAGUCCAGCUAGCCCUUUCCUCACUGCUUACUACCCCGACUGCGUUGGCAUGAGUCCAUCCAGUUCUCAUGGUGACCUACGGCCCGAGCAACGCCGCAAUAUCCAGCCUCAGAUUCCAGGGUUGUGCCCAUACUUCCAGCCGUUCUACCAGCCCAACGAGUGCGGAAAAGCCCUCUGCGUGCGGCCGGACAUGAUGGAGUUGGAUGAGCUCUAUGAAUUCCCAGAAUUCUCCAGGGAUCCCACCAUGUACCUCGCUUUACGUAACCUCAUCCUGGCUGCCUGGCACAGAGACUGCAAGGAGGCGUUAACCCCUCAGAAGUGUGCCCCUCAUGUGAUUGUGCGCGGAUUGGUGAGAAUACGCUGCGUGCAGGAGUUGGACAGAGUUCUGCAUUUCAUGACCCGGAAAGGUUUAAUCAACACCGGAGCUCUGCUGGCCAAGCAGCCUCUCCUGCCUGAGCCCUACCGUAAUAAGAAGGUGUUGGUGGUUGGAGCAGGACCUUCAGGCCUUGCUGCUGCCAGACAGCUGCAGAACUUCGGCAUGCAGGUGGUGGUGUUGGAGUCCAGGGAUCGAAUAGGAGGACGAGUUUGGGACGACAAGUCACUUGGUGUCACUGUGGGACGAGGUGCUCAGAUUGUUAAUGGCUGUGUGAACAAUCCCAUCGCUCUGAUGUGUGAACAGCUGGGUGUGAAGAUGCAUAAGUUACGUGAUCGAUGUGACCUGAUCCAGGAGGGUGGCCACAUCACUGACCCUGCCAUAGACAAGCGCAUGGACUUCCACUUUAACGCUAUACUGGACGUUGUCUCUGAUUGGAGGAAGGACAAGUCGCAGCACAUGGAUGCUCCUCUUGGGGAGAAGAUCCAGGAGGUGUGCAAGACGUUUCUGCAGGAAUCAACCAUUCAGUUCAGCGAGCUGGAAGAAAAAGUACUUCAGUUCCAUCUCAGCAAUCUGGAGUAUGCCUGCGCCAGCACCCUGGACCAGGUGUCUGCUCAGUCCUGGGAUCAUAACGAGUUCUUUGCGCAGUUCUCUGGAGACCACACACUUCUGACCGAGGGCUAUUCCACUUUGCUGCACAAACUGGCCCAAGGGCUCGACAUCCACCUCAACAGCCCGGUGCAGUCUAUUGAUUACUCAGGAAAUCUUGUGGUGGUCACAACCUCAGGUGGAACAAAGUUUACUGCGCAGAAGGUGUUGGUGACUGCUCCUUUAGCUCUUCUGCAGAAGAACAUUAUCCAGUUCAACCCUUCUCUCCCAGAGAGGAAGCUCAAAGCCAUUCACAGCCUGGGAGCAGGCAUCAUAGAGAAGAUCGCUCUGCAGUUCCCUUACAGAUUCUGGGACAGUAAAGUGAAGGGUGCAGAUUAUUUUGGUCAUGUUCCCCCGAGUCCAGAGAAGAGAGGGUUGUUCAGCGUGUUUUAUGACAUGACUCCAAAGGGAGGGCAGUGUGUGCUAAUGUCUGUGAUAACGGGAGAAGCGGUGGCAUUAGUGAAGGAUCUGGAGGAGAAAGCAGUGGUUCAGCUCUGCAUGAAUGUCCUCAGGGAACUCUUCAAGGAACAGGAGGUUCCAGAUCCGUUAAAGUUCUUCAUGACUCAUUGGAGUAAAGACGUGUGGUCUCAGAUGUCCUACAGCUUUGUGAAGACUGGAGGCAGUGGAGAGGCCUAUGACAUCAUCGCUGAAGAUGUGCAGGGCAAAGUUUUCUUCGCCGGCGAGGCCACAAACCGGCACUUUCCUCAGACAGUAACGGGUGCUUAUUUGAGCGGAGUACGGGAAGCCAGUAAAAUCGCAGCACUGUAAGGCUCCGGGCAGGUGACAGACUGAUGGAUGGACGAACGAAUGGAUUGGAACGUCAAGUCGGGGCUUCCAUGACAUGUUGGAUCAUGUGUUAAAAACCACCUAUCAGGAAUUAAAGACACCUAAGCUUGUGUUGUUUGGGUACUGCAUGUUCGUAUUGUUAGCUGGUGAAGAUGUAGAAGAUAUAGAAGGAUAAAUCCAAACUAGGUUUUUGAGCUGUCUGAUACUGUGUUAACCAGGACCUCCCACUGUAGUAUGAUGGAUUCUGUUAUUGCUAUCUGAAAAAAAACAUGUACCUCCAUUUAUGUUGAUGUUAGAUGUUUAGCUUCAUGCACCUUUUGAAGAUGUCAUUCACAGGUUCUCCACAUUUCUUAAUGAAAAGACCAGUAGAAAUGCUCCAAAAUGAAUUAGCAUAACAUCGGAAAAAAAAAUAAUAAUAAUAAUUCACUAAUAAUAACUUGUGUUGAAAAUGUAAAGCUGCCAUUUUGGAGAGAGAGUUUUCUUUGGACAGCGAUGCUAUGAUGUAAGGAUGGUUCACUCAUUCAUGAUUCUUUAGUGAAUUAUGUGUGUAUGUGUGUUCUCUACUGUGUUCUCUUUCUUUUGGUCCCCUAAAGGUCCUAGAAGAUUUUGCUUUGGUCCACACUGGGAGCGUUGUCCUAAGAGAAAAGUGUCAGGACAAGUCUUAGUAUGAACGUUAAGUAUGAUGAUGUUCCUCUGAAGGCUAAAACGUAUUGUUGUUCAUCCCUCACCGUGACUUUGAGGGAAACUUUGGUAUGAAUUAUGAAAGCACUCUGCAUGGAUUUGAUUUAUUAACUUAAAGCACUGUAGUGAUGGUGGGAUCCGCAUUAAAGUAUCAUUCUGUAUUCAGAGUGCAAGAAGACAAGUUCAGUAAUUUACUCUACCUGCUCUAAUCAUGAGGACAUUUUUUUCUUUAUGGUGAAAAAAAACAUAAAAAACAAAUGUAAUAUAUGCAUACUGUAAAUUAUACAAGUAUUUGUCUUACAUUGACUUUACUUUUUUUCCUACAUAAAUUAUCUGAACAAAAAAAAA